GCCCCGCCGCUCCGCGGGGCACUUCGGGCAGAUAGUAGUGGCGGUAAGCUGAGACAUGGCGCUGUUCCCGGCUUUUGCCGGUGCCGCCGAGCCCGGGGAGCCCCCACCCGGCAGCAGCGAGGGCUCCAGGAAAGAAUUGGACUGGCUUAGUAACCCAAGCUUCUCUACGGAAGAUGCACUAUUACUGCAUCAGCGCACUACAGAAGUUGCAAAUCUCAUCCCGGAAAAAUCACCACUAAUAAGGACUACUUCAAGAUCAGAGUUGUCAGGGGAAAGUGAUACAGAUGAGAGUCUGAAACAGUCAAGUAAGAAAAGGAAAAAGAAAAAGAAAAAACAUCACCACUAUAAGAAGACAAAAAAGAAAACCAAAGGGGACUCCAGUAGCAGUGAAUCGGACCUGGACACUAAGAACAUCAAGGACAAAGCCACAGGAAGUGGCAGAAAUCACGAAAAGGAAGCAGCAGCAAAUCUAGAUAAGAAAACAUCAAAUCUUGCCAGCAGUCGCUUUGUUUGGCUUGAUGAUAUCCAGGCUUUCACAGCAGAAACCUACAGAAUAGACAAGAAACCAGACCCUGCAAACUGGACCUACAAAUCUCUGUAUCGAGGGGACAUAGCAAGAUAUAAGAGGAGAGGAGAGUCCUGUCUUGGAAUAGAUGCAAAGAAACAGUGUAUAACUUGGGACACUUCUGCAUCAAAAAAGAAGCAAUUACAGAGGCGACCUGAGCGCUACUUCACAAAGAACAAUGUGAAGAUGCUGAACACAGAUGGGAUUCCUGUUUGCAAUAAAAGUUCUCCGUCUGACUCAACUGCUUUUAUACCAGUUUUCCAAAUGGAAACUGAUGAUUUUUCUGACACAACGGAGGUAAAUCCUCUUGGGAUUUAUGAUCCAUCAACUACAGGGUGGCUACAAGGAAAAGAGUGCAAGGGUGCAGAACAUGAGCCCGUAAAUACGCAGCAAACAAUGCAAAAGCCUGGGAUAAACAUUAACUCCAUUCUAAUGACAAAAGUGGAAGAACAUAACAAGAAAGUUAGAGAAAACCCAAGAGAUAUUAAUGCAUGGAUGGAAUUUGUUUCUUUUCAGGAUGAAUUAAUGAGAGGACCUAGCCCUUACGCCAGUAAGGGAGAGCAAGAAGUAAGAAGAAAAUCACUGAAGUUAAUAUUAGAAAAGAAACUGGCUAUUUUAGAGAGGGCAAUUGAAAGCAAUCCAAGUAAUGUUGAUCUGAAACUCGCCAGGUUGAAGCUUUGCACAGAAUUCUGGGAACCACCAGCUUUGAUCAAAGAAUGGCAGAAGCUAAUUUUCUUACAUCCCAAUAAUCCAGAACUGUGGAAGAAAUAUCUCCUGUUCUGUCAAAGUCAGUUUACUACGUUUUCUGUUUCAAAAAUCAAUAGCCUCUAUGGAAAAUGUUUGACUACGUUGGCAGCUGUACAGGACGGCAGCAUGGUAUCACAUCCUCUCCUGCCUGGUACAGAAGAAGCUAUGCUAGCUAUAUUUGUUCAGCAAUGCCACUUUCUGAGGCAGGCUGGCCAUUCUGAGAAAGCAGUGUCUUUGUUUCAGGCUCUGAUUGACUUCACCUUCUUCAAACCUGACAGUGUAAAAGAUCUGCCAACAAGGGGACAGGUGGAAUUCUUUGAACCCUUUUGGGAUAGUGGAGAACCACGAAUUGGAGAAAAAGGAGCAAGAGGCUGGAAAGCCUGGAUGCACCAACAAGAAAAGGGUGGCUGGAUUGCUCUUAAGCCUGAUGAUGACGAUGAUGAAGAGGAGAUAGAUGAGGAUCAAGAAAUAAAGGAUAAAACUCUCCCCAAGUGGCAUAUUUGGUUGGAUAUUGAAUAUUCUCGUGAAGCAAGGCACUGGUUACCUUGGAGGCCAGACAAAACCAAAAAGGAAACUGAAGAAGAUUGUGAUGAUCCAGAAAGACAGGUAUUAUUUGAUGAUCUUGGACCAUCUUUAAUCCGUCUUUCUAAUCCAGAUCUUCAACGUCAACUACUCUACUCAUUUUUGCAGUUCCUGGGGGUUCCAUGUACAAGCAAACUCUUUCCUUCCAACCUCUAUAUUGCCAUGGAUGAAAAUAACAUCUUUGACAGUGUGCUUUCUGAUGAAAAGCCACUGACUUCUGUUCAUUUUCCACUUUCUGGAUUCAACAGUAUUGGUCAUAUGGACACGAUGCUGCGACGGAGGCAUCACAUAGGCCACCAUAAAGAAGGAGAGGAGUUCGUACAGAAUGUUUUUCAUGUUCUGUUCCUGCUGUUUUCAGGAAAGGAGAAAUGUAACCUGUCCAUUUGUUGGUUACAGUAUGAAAUAUCUAAGGUACUUCAGUGUCUCCAAAGAAAAAAGAAGAAGAAGCUGAAAGCGCAAGGGAGGAAGAGUAAAAAGUUGGCCAAGAAUCUCCUUAAAGCACCUGACAACCGAAACCACCUUUCUCUCUGGAAACUGUAUGCCUACUUAGAAUGGCUGCUUGGUAACAUCGAUGAUGCCAGGAAGGUAUUUGACACAGCUCUCGGCACGGCAGGGACAGGAGGACUGAAGAGUCCCCAGCUCUGCAGCCUCAGUCUGCUUUAUGCUCAGCUGGAAGUGGAACUACUGGAAAGUCUAGAAGGAGCAGUUACGUCGCGUGCUGUUCAUAUAUUGACCAAAUUGGCUGAAAGUGGACCAUAUGUGCCGUAUAGUGGACAAGUGUUAUCUGUGAAUGUCUUGAAAGCUCGUAAAACGUAUGAGCAUGCACUGCAAGAUUAUUUAAGUAAAACACCAGUUUCUGAUCAGGAUCAGGUCAAUGAUGCUAAUCAGCUGGUUAACUUGGUUGGUUGUUAUGCACUGUUCCAGUAUUUGACUGUUGGGAUUGAUGCUGCAGUAUUAAUAUAUGCGCAAACUUUGGAAAAAAUUGAAGCUCCUGGUCCACAGAAAUGUGAAAAUACUGAAGAGAGUUUUGGCAUUCAAAAUUUUCCCACUGCUCUUGAAGCUGUCACACUGCUGCAUACAAAUUUACUCAGAUUCCACAUGAAAAUUAGCGUUUAUCCUUUGAAUCCUCUGCGAGAGGCACUAACGGAGGCUCUGAAACGGUAUCCUAGCAACCAGUCUCUUUGGAGGUCAUAUAUCCACAUCCAAAGGAAGUCUCACAGUGCUAGCAAAGCACGAAGAUUUUUUGAUGGUGUCACAAGGUCUACUAACUCUUUAGAGCCAUGGCUGUUUGCAAUCCAAGCAGAGCAGAUGAGAAAAAAACUCAUUGAGAAUGUCCAGAGGGCAGAUGUUGGUGAAAUACAUUCUACUAUUCCUGAAACUGGGUUAACAAAUCGGAUUAUAGCUCUAUUUGAACACGCAACUCAAAGUGAAAAUGGCACCCAUUGUCCACUGCUGUGGAGAAUGUAUUUGAACUUUUUGGCUUCACUAGGAAAAACAGAAAAAAGUAAAGGAUUGUUUUAUAAAGCGCUUCAAAACUGUCCUUGGGCAAAGGUACUCUAUAUGGAUGCGGUAGAGUACUUCCCUGAUCAACUGCAAGAGACGCUUGAUCUAAUGACUGAAAAAGAAUUGCGAGUGCGGGUACCUAUGGAAGAGCUGGAUCUACUAUUAGAGGUUUAAAAGAAGACUGUAGACGAGUGGAGAAAGUACAGAAGCUAGUUCAAAACCUGUCAGUUAGACCUGUCUCUCUUCAAACAGGAACUCUGUUGGGUACUGUGUACUUUUUUCUUUUUUAAGGUUGAGUGGUUUGUUGGUUUUUUUUUAAGGUUUUAUAUAAAUUGCUAUCAAAAUGGAGUUCUACUAGGUGUAGCUAUUCUGGAAUCAAGUACUGCGUUUUGCCCACAAAAACGAAUCCAUUUCCCUGAAGUGUUGCUGGCUCCCACAGAAGGAUACCCUCUUAUAAAUAGCCUCCUGUUGAAUGCUGCCCACAUUUCUUAUUCUAUUGUUUGAAAUUACAUUCCCUAGAGUUCAGUAGAGAUUCAGUACAUGCCAACUAUGGUUUGGUGAGCAGCACAGGAAAUAAACAUCUGCCAAAUGGAUGCUUCACUGUUCUCCAGUUGGCGGACUUCAGUAAUUUUCUGCAGCUUGGUAUGCAUGCGUGUGUGUAUUUAACUACCAAGUCAAACAGUCAUUACAUCUGUACAUAAACUCUUAGUAGAAGCUAAAUCUUUGCUUGAGCAGGCACCUAUUUUGGACUUGUAUUUGUAUGUUUUGACAGAUGACUGUUUUAAUACGAAUAUUUAUGGAAAAUAUAUCUGAAUAUUUGAAAAUUCAAAAGGAACGAAUUAUUUUUUUAUUUCUUAAUUUAAUAGAACUGUGAGUGUAUUAAAAAUGAAGUUGUAUCCAUAAUGCACCUCUAAGCAGCUAAUUUUCAAUCAAGUUUUUGUGAUUGAUUACUGUCUCUUGACCCAAAUAUAGGCAAUCAUCUUAAGAGAAGUCGAGGUCUGUUCUGCAUUUAAUCCUCACCAAAGAAGGCAGAGUAGUCAAAACAUGACUGUUUAAUUAGUAGCUUCUGUUCCAAGAGUCUUUGGGCAAGCUCCUAGAGAAGUAAUAUGAAAUACGGGAACAAUUUAAAUACAUAGUUCUGUUAUAUAUUUAUUUUAUAAGACAGAAUAUGCUGUAAUAUGUGAAAGACUGUUUAGCAUCCCUGCUCUUGAGACCCAAGUACUCAGAAACUGGAUCUUCAUCUGGAAGAAGGUACCUGCAGCCACUGAAUGUCCAAAACUGUUUCAGAGGUUUUUCAGGAGAAAACUAACAACUGUCACAGCACUGAAACAAUUGGGGGCUUCCACCUGGGGAGAUCUGAUUACACAGAAAACUAUGUCUGGACAAAGCCGUACAGCCUAUGGCUUGGUUUUGCCUGUAGCAGCACAAUGCAAGAUACAACAUAUUUUAGCUUAGGCUGCACUUUGUUUAUUUUUUUCUAAAAUUAUUUUUAAGUAUUACAGGGAAUAUGCAGAAUUUUAAAUGGUGUUACACCACUUUCUAAGAGCUUUAUAAUUUCACUGUGUUGCAGGUGAUGCUAUAGAAGUAAUUAAUAAGGCUUUGUAAAAAAUACAUAUUUUAUUUUUAAAAUCACAGCUUAAAAGUUUAAAACAGUUUAAAAAAACAGCUCCAGAAGUGAACUGGAGGUCAGAGUCACUCCUCUGCACUGAAAAGUAACAUCACAAAUGGUGUGCUUGUUUUUGCUCUCCCAUGAAAACAAAAUGCCGUUUCUUCUAAAGACCUGAAAGGGACAUGGAGAAGGGGAAGCUUGGUUGUGCUCCUGCUUGUGUUUCUGGUAGAAUCACAGAGCGUCCCAGGCUGGGAGGGGCCUGGAAAGAUCGUCUUGUCCAGCCUUUCGUGAGAAAGGGAGCCCAGGUCUAUCUGGCACCCUGUCCAAUCGCAUCUUGAAAACCUCCAGUGAUGGCUCUUGUUCUAGUCACUUUUCCACGCAUCCCCUUUCCUUUGCACAGCUUCUCCUCGCGCUGCGGCCUUCACUUGGGAUGGUCAGAAGCUGCUCAUUUACUGCAGGAGUUCCUGGAGUCCUGCCUUUUAAUUCCGACUCCAGUAACUUUUUCGGUCCCAAUGGGGAAUAUACUCACUGUUCAUUUUCUCCUCAUCUUUAUUACUUUUGUAUUGAUCUUUGUGACUCGAGUUCAGAAAUGUUGGAGGAAGUGGUGGAAGUUAAUUUCUGCUGCAAAAGGUAAGAAUUUAAUUUUCAAAUGUGUUUCUUUUUCAGUUGCUGUGGUGGUAGACAGGGUACCAGAACACAGUUCUUGGUUUAGCUUAAUCUAUCGCUUCUAGAUGGCAUUAUAGCCAUGUCCCAAAAGGGGGGGAAAAAAAAAAAAAAGCGUUGCUUGCCGCACAUGUCAUAAAGCUCUUCAGCCCCUCAAGCAAUGAUGAGAUCAACUGCCACGAUUAGAAAGUGCUAAAAAAUCACUGGCUUUUUGUGACCUUUCCAAGGAGGCAGAUCUCAUAAGGUUUACAAGAAUGGGUAAUAAAACUUUGCUUCUUGUUUUUCUAUCUCCAGAUGAAAAACAACUCUAUUUCAGGGUUCCUGUCAUCCAGAUUAAAUAAAAGACUCCAUGCAGCUGUAGGGUUUGCUUUUAACAAUGAACCACAUAAUUUUUACCCAGAAAACCAAAAUGUGUUGGCCUUGCUGCCACCAUUGUUGUUACGGCACUGGCAGUUAGCAGAGGGAUUUGCGCUGUGUUUAACUCCACUGUCUCUUCCUGGCCAGCAUUUGCUCCUGCAGAAAGUUUCCAGAACAAAGACUGCACAUUGCUUAACUGUGGUCUGUAUAUGGAACUUUAUAUAAACCUUAAAAAUCACAUGGACAACACUUAGAAAGUAAUUAAUUAGAACUUAACGAGUCCUUCACAAAAGUACACUGCCCAGAGUACUUAAUAAGCAGUAUCUGCAUCGUUACAACUUGGCAAAACAGAAAUCUAACUCCUGGGGGUGGGGGGGGGGCUGCAGGCAGUGAAUGUGUUUAGAGGGGAAGAAUUCCUUUUCAGAUUACGCUGCAGAACAGCAGGCAGGUGACUCACAGUUUGAGUUUGUCCCUGUGUGACAGCCCGUGCACCUCAGGUGCGCCCUGCCUGCGCCGCGACGGUCCCUACUGGGUGGCGCAGGGCUGUAGAACUCCCCACUGUGCUGGGUGCCUUUUAGAGACAUUCUCUGACUCAGAGGAGUGAGGAAAGCAUGUUUAUGUAAUGAACAAAUCUAUAAACUCUUUAGUGUUACCUUAUUCAAACAUGUUUAGAUCUUUAAACUGAGACUACUAAUAAGUGUUCCCCUUGCUUUCACGUAAGCACACGUGCUAGAUAGAGCUGGCUGCUUUUUAAAGUGUAUUGGAAUGUUACUUAAGGUUGCAUGUUUUUUCAUUAAUUUUUACAUAUAGAUGACUUAAGACACUGAGGUUUGUCAAAAGUUACUUUUGUCCUUGUUACUUAAGCCAUUCAAAGAGAUAUAGAAAAGUAAUUACUGUAAGAAGAGCUGCAAUUAACACAGCAGCUGUAAAAGACUCACCUCCCACGGACCAACAGGUGGGGAACCGGCACAGUGUGUCCUGGCAGCACAGUGGGGUGGGUCAUGGAGAAAAUAACUCCUGUAGCACCACCAUAUUUUCUUGGAAAUAAGCUCAACGAAAGCAA